AUGUUUCUCAUAGGAAAAAGUGAAAAGAGUGAUGUGAAAAGAGUGGUGUGGGAUUGCGAAAAUUCUAAGAGUCUAGGUUCUCACGGUGUUAAUUUUGGUUUCAUUAAGGAGUUUUGGGAAAUGAUAAAAGCGGAUUUGCUCAGGUUUAUAUCAGAAUUUCACGCGUACAGUAGGCUUGCAAAAGGAAUCAAUAGUUAUUUCAUCACCUUGAUUCCGAAAGUGGAGAAUCCGACGAAGUUAAUCGAGUUUAGACCCAUCUCUUUGAUUGCGAGCAUGUAUAAAAUCAUAUCUAAACUACUUACAAACAGGCUGAAAUCAGUAAUGCACCAAGUUAUUUCAAAGACUCAGUUUGCAUUUCUGGAAGGGUGA